UUCACAGAUUUAGCAGCUAAGCAGCGUCCUGCUUCGUGCCAUGGGAAACACGAGCGCCAAAGACACGGAGAUGGUGAUAUGCAAUAGAGGUGUGCACGAGUGUUCAUUUCCGAUGUAUGUCGUCAAGGUUUCAGACUUUCUGGAGAUGGAGGGUCCACCUGAACCACAUCAUGUCUUGCAGCAAAAAGGUUUGCUUCACAAAUGGCAACCAGGAAUGUUUGCGAUGUUCAUCUCGCAUCAGUGGCUGGGUGCCAAAUCUCCAGACCCCUUUGGGCAGCAGGUGACAGUGCUGCGGCAUGCGCUGCAGGCAUUUAUUGAUGGAUCCAUGAAGGUGGAGGUGGAUCUCAUGCGCACUUUUGGCGAUCCCAACGUGUCCACUUCGACUCAGCGGGUAGCUGAUGGAUAUCUUUUCUUGGAUUGGUUUGCAAUCCCACAGAUUACUGAAAGAAGCGAUAGUGUCAAGGAUGAUGCGUCAAUGUCAAACACCGCUCAAGCUGUGCAGAGCAUUCCAGCCUAUGUAGAAGCCUGUGAUAUGUUCCUGGCACUCGUGCCGGACUUAACUCACAGUGCUACUGGUGUUCAAUGCAACUACAGCACGUGGCUUUCGAGGGGCUGGUGUAGGGCAGAGCUUUGGUGCCGCUUGCUCUCCAAUCGAGAGGACACCAGUGUGAUUGUGAUCUUCUCAGCCCGAGAGGCGCUCUACAUUUUGCCUUUGGAUUGGCAAAGAAGCCUGAUUUCAGACGGCUUGUUCACUGUGGAAGAAGAUCGUGCCGUGGUGGUGAAACUUGGAGAGGCAGCAGUGAAUAGUAAGAUUGAGCACCUUUCGAAGUGGGGACCUUUGGUGGACUAUCGCUUCCACCUAGCUCAGCAGCCCAAGUUGCUAAAGCAAGCGAAGGAAGCUUGGGAUCUGCAGGGUUUCUUGCGACACUUCGAUUUCCCUACUGUUGACGCGGCAGUGAAGCAUGAAAGUGGUAUGACUGGCAUGUUGUGUGCAAUGUUUGCAGGUGAUGUGGACAUGUUGCACACCUUGGUGGAACAUGCUGCAGACGUGAAUGCUCGUGUCAGUGGUCUCGGACACUUGGGCUUCUAUGAUUCAAACACGCUGCUUAUGGUUGCCGCCUAUAGUGGCCAAGAUCCCAAGAUGCUGUCUGCCCUUAUGAGGUGUCAUGCAGACCCCAAUGUGGCCUGUGUUUCUGAUACAGGCUCAAUUGUGAAUGCAUCAUGGUUGGCAACUCAUCCUGGGCAUGUGAAGGUGUUGCUGGAACAGCGUGCCGACUUUGAGACGUCGCCACCAUUGACAGGUGUUGCAGGAAUUGCCUCUAUCGAAACCGUGCAGGCUUUUUUGGAGGCCAGGUGUGACCCAAGCAGUCUCGGCCCAAAUGGUUUCGGUCCAAUGUACAGUGCACCCUGUUUUGGUCGUGGCAAUCCACAUGCAUGCGACAUCAUGCAACUGCUCUUGUCCUACAGUGGUGAUGUCAAUGCUCAGGCCAAACCACAUGGACUCUUAUACUGGGAUUGUUUGAAGGCGCGGUUUGCUGCUAAGCUUUGGGGUCUCGAAGGGUGCGCUGGUGACGCUCCUCCUGGAUAACGAUGCCGAACAUAUUGCCAAUGAUCGCGGAGAUACACCAGAAGACUUGGCAAGGGCAGCAGGUCAUAGCGAAUUGCUGCCCAUUCUCUCAACCUUUUUUGUGUAGCACUAGCCGAGUUGUGGCCCUGACCGGUGGCGCUAAAUGGCGCUUGAUCCGGAACUGGAAGUAAAGAGGAAAUGCAGACCAGGAAGCGGUCUGGAUAUCCGCC